ACGAGGCCGUACAUUUGACGUGUCUCUAAACAGUUUGGAGUUCCCUCUCAGAAAUCCCCUAGUUCUUCCUGGAUCCCGUCAGUUCCCAGUUUCACUUUCACUCAGCAGUAGUAACCCUUGGGCGGGUCACACUGUAGGCUUCAGAACAGAGAACACAUAACAAGCCCUGGUCUGUUGUCUCCUCUGAUCUAUGGAGUUGUCGCUCUUGUCGUGAGGAACCUCGUAUGUCCUCCCUUUGGAGUCACCUUUAUCUUUAUCUUCACAGAAGGCUGUGCCUCUGAUAUCUUCUUUGAGAUACUUACGUGCCUUCAUCUGCUGCUUUGUUACGUAGACUCGUGGGACCAUCCUGGAAUUGUCACCUAAAAAAUUCUGUGGCAUUGCAAUGUACCCUUGGAUUAUCUUGCUCAUUCUCUGUAGCCGAUACCUCCAGACUUUAGGAUCGGGGUGUGAUGCUCUUAAUGAAUAUGAGAAAGAUGGCAGAUGUUGUCAGUUAUGUAGGCCAGGACAAUGUUUGGUCACAGACUGCACAGUGCAUAAUAAAACAGUGUGUCGUGCCUGUCCAGCCGGCGAGUACCAGGAUAAAUCUAACAGGGAAACAAGCUGUCUGCUGCACAGAGAAUGCAAUGAACAGCUGGGGUUCGAGAAGAUAAGUGAAGGAACACCAACCUCAAAUGUAGACUGCAGAUGUCAAUGGGGCAAGCACUGCUCGAGUGCAGCCUGUGAGACAUGUGCUUUGAACAAGGCAUGCGGUAAAGGAGAAGGAGUAAUACAGAAGGCUACCAGUAUUUCUGAUACCCAGUGCUCACCAUGCAACGAGGGGACAUUUUCUGAUACAGAAUCGGAGACGGAGACUUGUAAAAACUGGAGCAAGUGUGGUGAAGCAAUGGUGAUAAAAGAGCCAGGAACACUAACCAGUGAUGUUAUUUGUGAACCAAGUACUGAUAGUCAGUCUAAUACUUGGGUAUAUAUUGUGUUCUUCUUGGUGGCCUUUGUAGCCCUUUCCGUUCCUGCUAUAAUCCUUUAUAGGAAAUUAUAUCGUAAAGACAAGAACAAAAAAAGACAGGAUCCGCCAGAGGAAAACGAUCAACAGGAGCCUAUCAAUCUGAAAGAAAACCUUCCUGAGGAAGACCAGGAUGAUCAGGAUAUUACCAUGCAAGGGCUGCCGGUGGCCCAGGAGCAGGGAAAGGACUACCAUAUGUCACAGGAAGAAGUAUGAUAGAACUAGGCCAACCAUCAGCAUAUAGGCCCAGAAUCAGACCUUUGUGAUGGGCGACAGCCUCACAGUAAUUAUUAUCCACUAAAACUAGCAGCAGUUUUUGACAUGUCAAUAAUGACUAUUGAACCCUUUGUGGGGUUUUUGUAUUUUUUUGUAAUUAGUAUUACUAUUUAUUCUUUGUUAGUUUCCCCUUUAAAAUUUUUCCACAUAGUUGUACUGAAUUUAAACCAUGUUCGGGUGAAGAUUGACCCACUGGAGACCAAAAAUACUGCCCUUUUGGCCUCUAUUGAGGGUAGUAUGUGGUCGUACCUUGCUUCUUACUGUAUAGCCACCGCACAGUAUGGGCUUUUUUUUAGCAUGGCCAUAUGGCUGUACAAUCAUGUACAUGCAUUACAUGUAUGUGUUGGCAAUUUAUAGAAGAAACACGGAGUGCACAUAACUUAAUAGUAAUAAUAAGAAUGAUAAUAUUAUUGAUAAGGCAUCACAAAAAUGCAUAUUAGAAGUGAUUUAUGAAGCAGUGGUAAUUAUGGCGAUUAUAGCCAACCAGUAUUAUAGUACAUCUACGCUGCCACUUUUUGAUAAUAGAAGAAGAUCGGCUUGCCGGGUCAUGGCCCCAACUUUCCAUUGGCGUCCUAUCAUAUACAGCCGGUGACAUGAGUAUUGAACGCAUCACCAUUUUGCUCACUAAAUACUGUUUCUUUGAGACAACAGUACCUGCUAAUUCCAGGUCUUGGCUCUUGGACAACUCUUCUGAUUAUUCUUCUCACUCCUUUGUCACAAAUCUUGUGAGGAGCACCUGGUCGAGGCAAAUUUAUGGUGAAAUGAUUGUCCAUCCGCUUCCGUAUUAUGGCCCCAACAGUGCUCAUUGGACCAUUCAGAAGCUUAGAAAUGUGCCUGUAACCAACGCCAUUGUUAUGUUUUACUACAAUUGUUGUGAAGGUUGUGAAGGUCUUGAGACAGCUCUUUGCUUUUCCUCAUCAUGAGAUGUGCCUUGCAUGACACUUGGGCAAGGAGACCUCUUUCUAGGCCAUCAGGUGGAACUGAUCCGGCUGAUAUUACUUUGUACUAGCUAGGGCCUGGAUUGUUUUUUAAUUACUGAUAAAUUUCAACUGUUGUCUUGGCUUUCCAGGCCUUUUUGCACCUCCCUUUUUUCAUGUGUUUAACACUUUUCACAUUAUUACACAUAACUUAAUUUGUGAGCUUAUUUGUUUUGGUCUUAUGUCAAUAGCACCUUUGGAAAUAUAUUUAGUGAGAAAAAUGGUGAUGUGUUCAGUUUUUAUUUCACCCGCUGUAUAUAUUGAUGGUCAGUCCGCGUUUGACCUCACUGAUCAUGUGAAAGAGGAUUUGUGUUACUGAUUCAGUUCUGCAGCCUCUUCACAGUCUAAGAUAGGCUGCAGUUCCCUGCAUGGAUGAAUAUUGGCAGGGGCGCCACUGCACAAUAAAACACAGUGUUAAAUCCGUUCUGCAGCCCCUUAAUUCUCAAGGUCGGUAAGUGUCUUAGAGACUAGACCCCCACCAAUCAUAAUAAAGACUAUUUAUGGAUGUAUAGACUGAGCCCUUUUGUAAUAUGACUACAUACAGCAGUGUUUCCC